AUGACAUUAUCUAUAUAUGAUUUAGGAGAAGAUAUUUUAACAUCUCAAAUAUCCAAUUAUCUAUCGCCAGAAGAUAUUUUCAAAUUUUUCAGUCUUUCCAAAACAUUAUAUUCAAUCUAUCAAAAUUCAUCAAUAAUUUAUCAAUAUUUAUAUAAUAAAAAAUUCACUAAUAAUGAAAACAAUUAUACUUUAUCCCUUCAAGAAAAUCUUAAUUGGAAACAAUUAUUUUAUUUACGUUGUAAUCGCCAUCAAAAAGUUUAUACAUGGGGACAAUCUCUGAUGGGGAGAUUAGGAUAUAAUUUAUCCCAAGUACCUAUAGAGAAUCGAUCCGAGAAUUUUGGAUGGAUGAUGGUUCAUACACCUACUAAUAUUAAUAAUUUUAAUGAUCAUAUAAUUGUUGAUAUUGUUGCUACGGGUUUCAGUUUUAUAAUUCUUGCUAAUGAUGGAGAAUUAUUUUUUACAGGGAAUGAUUGGAAACAAAGUCAUAAUAGAGCUACUCCAGGACCAAUUAAAACUCAAGAUUAUCGUCCAACUCCAGGGACAAUGGCAUUAUAUACAUUGACAAAUAAUCAAACUCUUGAACCAAUUAGAUCACGAAGAAAUAUCGUUAGAGGAGUUCCACCAAUGCCCAUGAUGAAUAGACGAUAUGCCAAUGAUGAUAGCGAUGAUAGUAGUGGUGAGAACAGUGAUGGUGAAAUAAUCACACCAGAUGCUACGACCACAACUGAAUCAACUAGUAGUUCAGUACCACCGUUGGUACCUGCUCCAACUAGUUCUGCUUUACCUCAAGGAAGAAGGAAAAUUACUCAACCAGAACCAACACCAACAUCAACACCAGCAUUGACUUAUCGUCCUUCUAAAAUCAAAGAAUCAAACUUUAUAUCAAGAUUAUUUUUACCUCCACUUCCUCCUAAUAUGAAAGACAAUUUAGAAAAACGAAAAAUUAUAUCUAUUAGCGCUGGUAGAGAACAUAUUAUUGCUUUAGAUAAUUAUAAUAACAUUUAUACAUGGGACACUGGAUGUCAAUCAAAUGUUGGAGUUAUGCUUGAAUUCCCCGGUAUUUCUUCUAAUUCUUCUAAUUUUGGUCGAGUAAUGAAAAUAUCUGCUGGUUGGAAUUUAUCAGCAGCAUUAAUUGAUAAUUAUGGAUUAAUUGUAUGGUAUACCAGAAUAGGUAUAACUGAAGAACAAUUUCAUAAUCGAGAAUUUAUUUCUCAAGCUAAAUAUUUUAUUAUUCCAUUUACGAAAAAUGAUGUUAUUGAUUUCACUGUAGGGUCAAAUUUUGUCAUGUUUAUUAGAAAAUCCGAUGAAAAAUUAUAUCAAACAAGAUUCAAUGUUCAUGAAAUUGCCACAAGAGAUGAUACAUCAAAUAUAACCAUUGAUGAAAUUAAACAAUUUACUAAUCCAAUGGAUAAUUUUAAUCAUUGGAAACAGCAACAAUCAGAAAAUAAUAAAGAAAAUAUUAGGUUUACUAAAGUUACUGGUUGUUUUAAUGAUUUUUCCGUUUUCACUAAUCAUGAUCAAGUAUUAUUAGGUAAUCUUCAUCAUUUGGAAUAUCACGAUAAUGGGAAUGAUCAAGGAAUGAAACCAAUCAUUAUUGAUGAAUUACAAGGUAAAAAUAUUAAAAGAAUAGAAAUUGGUGAUUAUCAUUAUUUAGCAUUAACUGCUGAUGGGACAUUAUUGAGUUGGGGCACAGAAUCAAGAUUUUGUGGAUGUUUGGGCUUAGGAAGUAAACAAAGUAUUCUUGAUCAGUAUACUACUACUACUAAUACCGAGGAUAAUGAUGAAGUUAAGUUAAGAGGGAAUAAUUUGGUAGUGCUUAAACCAUUACCUGUGAAACCCCCAUCAUACAAAGGGAAAUGGGUAUGUAUUGCAGCCAGUGGUUGGCAUUCUGAUGGUAUAUAUGUGCCUACAUAG